AUGUCCCAGCUGGGUCGCUGCUGGGCUGUCUCACGCCGCGGUGCUUGCAAUCGCUCCAUACUGGCACCGAUUUCUCGCAAUGGCGCUUUGAGGUUCUAUGCGCAUCAGACUGCUGCGGCUGGCCCAAGGGCAGGACACCUGAACAAGGAAGAAUUGCUCAAGGCUUGGAACCAGUUUCGAGGUUCCAAUUCAUUGACACAAACCGACCCCGACGUCAUAACAGGAUUUCUCGGAAAGCGACGCAAUGUCGGAAAGCACCUGUCAUUCGCGGACCUCACCACAUCUUCAGGUGAAGUGAUCCAAAUAUGCUCCCAUGUCGAUGGCGGGCUAGAAUCCCACGAGAAAUUUCGGCAAGUUCCUGCAUUUGCGCCAGUCGUCGUCUGCGCGCGACCAGAGCCGCCAGCACAAGCAGCUGGAGAAGAGCAGAAUAGUUCCUCGUCCAAGCGAACCCUAUAUCUUAGGGAUAUUCGAUCAUUAAACACGGUUCCAAAAGAUCUUAUUGUCACGUCUGAUGUUCAAUUCCCUCAAACAAAGCGACACUUGCAAAUUCGAUUCCACCCUGAGCUUCAAGCCAGACUAAAAUUCAGAUCUUGGCUAAAGGGUCAGUUGAAUCAGAGCUUGUUGGAAAAGGGGUUCACAGAUGUUGAGACGCCUACCCUUUUCAAAUCUACGUCCGAGGGCGCCCGUGAGUUCUUAGUUCCGACAAGACAAAGGGGUACUGCAUAUGCACUCAGUCAGAGCCCUCAACAAUACAAACAGGUCCUGAUGGCGAGCGGUAUUGGUCAGUACAUGCAAUGGGCAAGGUGCUAUCGAGAUGAGGAUUUACGGACGGAUAGACAGCCAGAAUUCUCUCAGCUCGAUAUGGAAUGGGCAUUUGCUGGUUCCGCCGAAGUGCAGGCCGAUGUAAAUGAUAUCCUGCUGGCUGCACUGUCACGACUCCGACCAGCUCGAAGUUACAGCGAUAUCCGUGGAGAGAGAAUACCCAUCCUAUCUGAUAUACUCAAUGAGCCCGCACCCGCCGACGAAUCACCUGAUCACAAGUUCACCACCCUCACCUUCGCCGAGAGUAUCGCCGCUUAUGGCUCUGACAAGCCGGACUUGCGAAUUCCCAACCAAAUACAUGCGUUAGAAGAUAUUGAGCCUUAUCGCAAUUUUGUCAACAUGAUUACACAUCUUUCGGAUCCUCUCAUUGAGGCAUUCACCUUUCCACUGAAAGACUGUUCACCAUCUGAAGCCCGAAAAUUUGUCAUUAAAUUUAUGGACAACCUCCCACCCGCAUUAGCCAACAACCCCGAUGGCAAACCACAAAUACUCAUUCACGACUCUCGACAGCCUUUAUCUGGCUUCUCCUCUCUAGGCUUCGAGUAUGAAAGCGUCCUGGACAAACUUUCCCAAGGCCAAGAAAUCAGUGAUGGCGAUUUGGUGGUCUUCCAGGCCCGAGAAAAGCCCCAGGGUCAAUACUGCCUUGGAUCCACCAAAAUCGGCGACAUACGAAACGCCCUCUGGAAAAGUCUGGUGGAGGAAGGCUACAUGGAAAAACCAAAGCUUGGAGAUCCCGAGUCACUGCAAUUUGUAUGGGUCACGGAAUUUCCCAUGUUCAAGCCCGUUGAAGAAGGGGAACCCGGCCAGGGUGGCGCGGCUGGAAUUUCCGCAGCCCAUCACCCAUUUACGGCACCACUGUCAGAGAAUGACCUCGAAAUCCUCUUCACCGAUCCAUUGCAAGCUCGGAGUGCCGCCUACGACCUCGUUCUAAACGGUAUCGAGAUUGGAGGUGGAAGCGAGCGUAUUCACGUCGCAGAUAUUCAGGAAUUCAUCAUGCGAGACGUCCUGAAAAUGACUGAUCAACGAAUCAAAGACUUUUCACAUCUGUUUGACGCGCUGAGGGCAGGAUGUCCGCCUCACGCUGGCUUUGCCCUUGGGUUCGAUAGACUUGUUGCGCUGCUCACAGAUACGUCGACCGUCCGGGAUGUGAUUGCUUUCCCAAAGACCAUGAGGGGUGAGGAUCCGUUUGUGCGGUCACCAAGUAAGCUGAAUAAUGAGCAGCUUGCUCCAUAUGGGCUACAACUGAUGUCGAAGUCUAAAUGA